AUGGCCACUACCUUCCGCAACAUCUUCCUUAAAGCCGCUGAGGCCUUUUGCUGGUUGAUUGGCACAGUUUCCGGCAUGUUUCUCUUAGUGCUAGCACUGACCCUUUUUGCAUCCACUAGUUCCACUCAUCCAUCUCCUUCUUCCGCUCCCACCGCUAGUUCCACCUCCUAUCACGGCACUUGCGAUGAAGAUGAGUUGCAUCGACUCAUGGCAACUCAUGUGGGCUAUGUAGUUUGCGCUAUGGCCAUUGCCAUGUUGUUGAUGGUCUUUGUUCGGAAGGUUGCGGACGGGGCAGCCAAGGACCACGAGCGGGUCGCCGCCUCGGAGGACGCAGCUUACAAGGCUGCGUACGAUGCCGCGGAGGUGGCCAAAGAGGCUAUCGGGCGCGCCGAGAAGGAGGUCAAGGAGCUCAACGACCCGCGUCGCGUCAAUCUUGCCCUGGGCGUUCUCGAGGGCGACCAGGCUUUGGCCGACGCCCGGAAGAAGCUGGAUGCGUGCGUCCAGGAGUAUAGGCGCGCCACCGAUAAGGUGGAACGCUUGAAGCCCAAGGAAGGUAUUGCUCGUCUCAACAAACGGUGGAGAAUUGCUGCGCGUUCCGCUUUCUCUUUGGCUAUUUGUGCACAUUACAUAGGUUUGGGCUGUGUAGGAUUUGCAUUUUACUACUCCUUAGAGAUAGAGACCAAGUGCAUGACGAGCUUCCUGACAAUCUUGCUGUUCGUGCUCACUGGAGUUGUAUCCACCACCAUUCAUGGUCUCUUACUUUGGGUAUCCUUGACCCAAAACUGA